ACUAAAAAAAAACAAACCGGCUUCGUAAAUUCGGAUCCGAGAGAUUCUUUCGCAAAUUGAACGAAAAUUGUGUAGAAAUUUAUUAAAUUCAAGCUGUGAUUAACUCCAUUAUCGAAGAAACCAAAUAAAGUUGUUACGGGAAUGUCAUCGCCUGCCCCCAAAUCGCCGGAACUUUCGGAUAAGAGCCGAAAAUACGAUCGUCAGAUUAGGUUGUGGGGUGAGCACGGUCAAACCCUACUGGAGAACGCACAGAUUUGUUUGAUAAAUGCCACGGCCCUGGGAACGGAGAUCCUGAAGGGGGUGGUCCUACCCGGCGUCGGAGGUUUCACCAUUGUGGACAAUGGAAUCGUCACCGAGGAGGACAUCGGAUGUAACUUCUUCCUGGAUUCGGCCAGCCUGGGGCAAUCGAGAGCCAAGAGCUGCAUGCAGUUGCUACAGGAGCUUAAUCCGGACGUCAAUGGAGAUUACCUGGAGGAAAAUGUGGAUCAGCUGAUGGACUCGCAGGUGGAUUUCUUCCGGAACUUUGACGUUGUGGUGGCCACAGGGGUGAACGAGCGAACCGUGGCUCGGCUGUCCAAUUUGCUGUGGGACCAGCACAUUCCGUUGGUGGUUUGCCGUUCGGUGGGAUUUUACGGUGUGGCGCGGCUGCAGGUCAAGGAGCACUGCGUCGUGGAAUCCCAUCCGGACAGCCGGCAGAGUGACCUCCGGCUGGAACAUCCCUUCGAGGCGCUGAAAAAGCACAUGGCCGACACGGAGAUCACCUCGAAGGUUCCCUGGCUGGUGGUGAUGUACAAGUGCCUGCAGGAGUGGGUCGCGAGUCACGGCGGACGGUAUCCGGCGAACUACCGGGAGAAGUCCGAUCUGAGGGAGCUGAUUCGUAGCAAGAUGACCGCUGAUGAGGAGAAUUUCGAGGAAGCGAUCAAGGCGGUCAAUUCGAGCUUCGGCGGUGGGAAGCCGGGAUCGUCGAUCAGCGAAAUAUUGGCGGACGAUUGCUGUUUGAAUGUUAGGAAAGAGAGCAACGCCUUCUGGAUACUGGCUCGGGCGCUGCGGGAUUUUGUCGAAAACGAAGGUCACGGCCUACUGCCGCUGCCGGGUGUCCUGCCGGAUAUGACCGCCGACACGAGCUCCUACAUCAACCUGCAGAACGUGUACCGAGCGCAAGCCGCUCACGAUGCGGAAAUCGUCUACCGCCGAGCACGUCAGCUGCUCAAGGAGUUGAACAAACCGAACGAUUUCAUAACGGAAAAGGAUGUCAGGCUGUUUUGCCGCGAAGCGGCCAAUGUGGCCAUCGUGCGCGGAACGAAGAUCGCCGAUGAGUACGAUAAGGCUUACAAGGCGUCGCAGAUUUCCGCUGCGUUGGAGUCCCCGAGCUCGUUGAUGGCCCAUUACUUGACGCUGCGGGCGGUGGACAAGUUCCAGGCCGAGCACGGAUAUCUGCCCGGAGAGUGCCAGGUCGAGGGAGACACCUCGCGGAUCAAGAGCAUUGCCAGCCGGAUGAUCAACGACUGGGGCAUCAGCACCCCGAUUAGCGACGAUCUGGCGCAUGAAAUCUGCCGCUAUGGAGGUGCGGAGAUCCACAGCAUUUCGGCCUUUUUCGGUGGAUGUAUUGCUCACGAGCUGAUCAAGCUGAUCACCAAGCAGUACAAGCCGUUCGACAAUACGAUCGUCUACGAUGGAACCACGGCGCAAACGGAGACUUUUAAACUGUAGAACUAAGCUGGGAGGUGAGUUUGAGAGUGGAGGUAAGUUUUCUCGGAGAAGUCGUACUUUACGUUAUUAAAAUUUAAAAUAUCUCUCAUUCGUACAUAGUAAGCAGUAGAAUAAAACUACCAUUGUUUCGUGCUUGAA